AUGAAUACCACGUCUUUACUUGUUCAGGCUCUGAAACCGGCCCCGUUUGUUCCUCCGGACCUCAUUGUUACAGGCUACAUGAGAACCGUUAUAGAAAUCGCUUUCGACCUUUGCAUCUGUGCCACUCUCUGUCUCGUUGGCGUGGUGACAAACAUCCUUGACCUUGCCGUGUUCGCCAGGCAGGGUUACAAGACGACGGUCAACAUAUCCAUGUCUUUCAUCGCAUUCUUUGACCUGGUCAAGUCCUUGUCGGGCCUCGCCCACCGACUCUACGGUCCUCUGCUGCUCUACGAUGCAGCUCUGGCCAAGACGUGGGAGAACUACACGCGCGGCAGCCUCGCUUUCGUCCAGACGUUCGCCGUGUACACGUGCAGCGUGCUGGCGGGCUACGUGGCGGUGGAGAGAUGCCUUUGCGUGCUCAUUCCCUUCAGCGUGAAAACCCUGCUCACGCCAAGGGUCACGUGGGUAGCCAUGGCUACCAUCUCCAUCGUGACCAACGGCUCCUUUUGGGUGGUCUACGCCUUCUACGACUACGGGUGGGACUGGAGCCCGACCUUCAACGCCACCAUAGGAAUCUUCAAGUACAGCGAGUUCUACUGGCGUAACCUUGACCUCGUGGUGACCUACUACAACAUCAUGGGCAUCGUCUGGCCGUUCACGAGCCUCGUUAUCAUAUUCGUCAGCACCGUGGUCAUUACCUACCAGCUUCGGAAAUCCUCCCAAUUCCGGAACACCAGCAAAGCGACUUCCAAGAUUCCUCUAAACGCUUACAGCACCAAUGCGGAGAAGAAUGAAAGCAUUAUGGGUGAGUCCAACACUUCCAGGCUGAGCCCCAGAGACAAGCAAGUAGUCAAAAUGCUUCUGGCCAUAAUCAUCAUCUACAUCAUAGCGCUCCUGCCUAGAAUCAUACUGUUUAUCGCCAAGUGCUUCGAACCCGAGCUGUAUUUCUUCAAGAAGUACCACAACUUGUUCUUCGUGCUGGCCUACUCCCUCUUCAUCCUGGACUUCAUCAACUCCACGGUCAACUUCUUUAUCUACAUCGCGAUGAGCUCACAGUUCAGAGCCACCCUCAUGGACAUGUUUAGACCAAACAGUUCAAAACGAAUUCACUCCCUAGCUUGA